UCCAUUGCUACACUGUGAAGCACAAAUCAUUUCGAGUUUAAAAGGGAAAAAACAAUCAAAUCACGAGAGAAUAGAAAGAGUGAAAAAUGCAGACAGGUAAGAACGCAGCGGCUUCCGCGAAGGAAAAGGCGGCCAACGUUGCGGCCUCCGCCAAAUCUGGCAUGGAGAAGGCCAAGGCCAGCGCUCAGGAGAAGGUAGAAAAGAUGACAGCUCAUGAUCCAGUGGAGAAAGAAAUGGCCACCGAAAAAGAAGAGGCGAUAAAACAACAGGCUGAACUGGAGAAGCAGGAGGCACGUAUGCACAACGCUGCAAACAAACAGGCGGAGAGGGGUGGAGCGCUUGGCGGAGGAUAUGCUACGACAGGGACUGAGGGUGUGGUGGAGUCGCACCCAGUUGGGAUAGAUAAGGGCAGCGGGAGGACCACAGCCCAAAAUCCCCGUGUGGAAGGGACCGGCCCUACUUAUGGAACAGGUGGUACCUACCGCUGAAAUGUGGGCAUUUAUACGUCUUUUUAGAGGGGUCGUUUUGUGGUGGUGUGGGCAUAGUGAUCAAGUACUACUCUCGUAUUACGUAUAGAUGUGAUAGUUUAGUCUACUAGCUAGCCUUAGGUUGAUGUUUGUGGUUUCUGUUUGUUUCGCGGCGUGUAGGCCAGUUUGGUUUCUCACAUGUCAUCGAUCCUUAUGUGGUUAGCAGCUGGCCGUUUGCAUUUGAAUAAAAACACCGUGCAGAUUAU